UUGUUGUCGUUGUUGUUGCUGGGAGGCAGUGGAGCAUUUAGCCAAGAUCUGUGCAGAUUGCAUAAAAUACAGACAGGCAGCAACAGCAACAGCAACAACUACUGCAGCAACCGCAUUUAGCCCAGUUUUCUGAGCAAAUAGUUUCCAAAAAGCUAACGACAACAACAAAAAAUCUCACACUAAAUCUUAGCGUUAUUUUUUUUCCUCCUCGUCGCGGUUGUCGUCGCGUUAAACUGAAAUAAUAAUAACAACAACAAACGAGAGCAGCAGCAACAACAGCAGAAACAACAACAGCAGCAUCAACAACAACAUCAGCAGCAGCAACAACAGCAACAUCUAGCCCAAAGGAGCCUUGUAUUGCCACCUCGAGCAGCAAAAAGCCGCCAAAAUGCUUCCGUUCCGGCGUGGAGCGGCCUGGCAAACGUUCUUCCUGCUCUGCGCUCUCGCCUAUUGCAUAAAUGAAGCCAGCAGCGAGGGUCGCGUGGUCUGCUACUACACAAACUGGAGUGUCUAUCGGCCGGGCACCGCCAAAUUCAAUCCGCAGAACAUCAAUCCAUACCUGUGUACACAUUUGGUGUACGCAUUCGGUGGAUUCACCAAGGAUAACCAGAUGAAGCCCUUUGACAAGUACCAGGACAUCGAGCAGGGUGGCUAUGCCAAGUUCACUGGACUCAAAACGUACAACAAGCAGCUGAAGACCAUGAUUGCCAUUGGCGGUUGGAACGAGGCCAGUUCCAGAUUCUCGCCAUUGGUGGCGAGCAACGAGCGCCGGCAGCAGUUCAUCAAGAACAUCCUGAAAUUCCUGCGACAGAACCACUUCGAUGGCAUCGAUCUGGACUGGGAGUAUCCGGCCCAUCGAGAGGGUGGUAAAUCGCGGGAUCGCGAUAAUUAUGCCCAGUUUGUCCAGGAGUUGCGAGCCGAAUUCGAAAGGGAAGCGGAGAAAACAGGACGCACGCGACUCCUUCUGACCAUGGCCGUGCCCGCUGGCAUCGAGUACAUCGACAAGGGCUACGAUGUGCCCAAGCUGAACAAGUACCUCGAUUGGUUCAAUGUCCUCACCUACGAUUUCCACUCCUCGCACGAGCCAUCGGUCAACCACCAUGCCCCGCUUUAUUCACUGGAGGAGGACUCCGAGUACAACUACGAUGCCGAGUUGAAUAUUGACUACUCCAUCAAAUACUACUUGAAAGCGGGAGCCGAUCGUGACAAGCUCGUCCUGGGCAUUCCCACCUAUGGACGUUCCUACACUUUGAUCAAUGAGGAGAGCACCGAACUGGGAGCACCUUCAGAGGGUCCGGGCGAGCAGGGCGAUGCCACUCGCGAGAAAGGAUAUCUGGCUUACUAUGAGAUAUGUCAGACUCUAAAGGACGAUCCCGAGUGGACGGUGGUGCAGCCGAAUGCCAAUGUGAUGGGCCCCUAUGCCUACAGGCGCAACCAGUGGGUGGGCUACGAUGACGAGGCCAUCGUGCGCAAGAAGGCCGAGUAUGUGGUGGCCCAGGGACUGGGUGGCAUCAUGUUCUGGGCCAUUGACAACGACGAUUUCCGCGGCACCUGCAACGGCAAGCCAUAUCCUCUGAUCGAGGCUGCCAAGGAGGCCAUGGUGGAGGCACUGGGACUGGGCAUCAAUGAGGUGGCCAAGCCAAGUGGCCCGCAGAAACCCUCAAGAUCUCGCAGUCGCGAUAAUGCCGCCACCAGGAACCGUCUGAACGGCAAGACCGAUGCUCCGGCCAGCUCCAGGCGACCCAAUGCCACUAGGCGACCAGCUAUCAGCUCCACCACAACUCAUGCACCACCGCCGAGCACCACCUUCAAGCUGACCGAAGCCGAGGGAUCCUCGCUUUACAUUGGAGGCAGGGCAUCCACCACGCCACCACCGCCAACGACGCCCGAUCCAGGGUCGGACUUCAAGUGCGAGGAGGAGGGCUUCUUCCAGCAUCCCAGGGAUUGCAAGAAGUACUACUGGUGCCUGGAUAGCGGACCAUCUGGUCUUGGCAUCGUGGCUCACAUGUUCACCUGUCCAUCGGGCCUGUACUUCAAUCCGGCCGCCGAUUCCUGUGAUUUUGCACGCAAUGUGCCCUGCAAGACCAAGAAAUCCACCACAGUGGCUCCAGUAACCUCCACAACACCGCUGACGACCACAGUGCGUUCGAAUCGAGUGACUGCUGCACCCACAGCUCGUCCAGUGUAUCCACGCACCACCACGAGCACCACAACAAGUACGACAACAACCACCACAACAACGCCAGCCAGUGUUGAUGAAGAUCUGGAGUACGAAGAGGACACCGAUGAACUGUCGCCAAGCAAAUCCACCGAUGCCGAGGAGGAUCCGCAGGUUAUCAAGGAGCUGAUCGACCUGAUACGCAAAGUGGGUGGUGUGGAGCAGCUGGAGAAGCAUCUGUUGCGCAACAAGGAUGGAUCGAUCACGUUGAAGGAGAACUCUGCUAGUGGUGCGGCGACCACACCCUCUACGAUCAGCAAAUCUCUCUAUGACCGUGUUCUGAGUCGACCUGGCACGUUGAGUUCCUUCACCCGCAAUCGUUUGAAGUUCAGCGAAGCCACAGAGACGAGCACGGAGGCCAGUUCUUCGAGCGGUUCAUCGAGUGGUUCAUACUCCAAAUACUCCUCAGUGUUGAGGGGUAACAGCCGCCAGGGUCCACAAAACGAGGGCAUUGAAAAGUUGGCCGAAUUCGAUGGUUUCCUGAAGGAACGCAAACAAUAUGUGACCAUCAAUCGUCAUCGAUCUGCCAGUCAGGGAGAUGAGGUGGAGCAUGCAGAUCUGCAGGAGGAGGAGGAGAAUCUGUCGGAAGUUGAGACCACAACACGUCGUCCCUUGAGCUCAGUCACGCCCUCCUACACAAGUCUAAGGCGCACAAGGCCAACCACAGUGGCACCGCCAGCAGGAAAAUCCGAGGAGGAGGCGGAGGCGGAGGCGGAGGAACAAACCCAGACUCAGGUCAAAUCCUAUGCCACCUUGAGCCGCACGCGUGGACGCACUACCACCUCACCAGAUGUCACGGAGGCGGCGCCCAGUUCGACAACCAAUCGUUACAAAUACUUUGAGCGUUCGCGACCAACCAAGAGUGCAAGUGCCGAGGAUGUGGAAGACCCAACCGAGGACGAAGAGGAAGAGUACGAGGACGAGCAAAAGGAAAAUGUUACGGUACAGAGCAAACAAACCACAAACACACGUAAAUACGCGAGCAUCGGCCGCAGAACAACCACCACCACAACAGCAACACCAGAAACUACAACAACAACAACCGCCGGCACUGAGACUGCCAAGGCCAGCACAACCACCACCACCAACAACAACAAGAACCACUACAAUAGCAGCAAUAACAACAACAAUGUGAAACUGAAUAACCUAAUACCAACAGAAGAGAACAUCACAGCAACACCAAGCACCACUGCUCAAUCCGAAACCACCACCACCACAACCACAACUAACGAAACCACUGAACCAAAUGAAAGCACCUCAACCACCACCACAUCCAUAACUAACAACCUGCAUACCACCACCACACCCACACCAAUUGCAGCAUCCACUGUCCCGACAACAACCAACAAUGGCCUUAGCUCAGACUCUCUGCUAGCCACCGAGCUGAGCGAAGCCUCACCCACCCUCCUUCCUUCCGAUCCUGACUUAGCAACGACAACAACAACAACCACAACAACAACGGAACCCGAACUGGACACCACAACAACAACCACACCGAAAACAACAACAACCACAACCACGGGCAACAGCGAACUGAAUGACGUAAACAACGUGGACGAGGACAGUGAGGUAACAAAAACUAAGACCCAGUACAAGUAUGCAACCACCAACCGUCGACGCAUAACCACAACAACAACAACCACCAACAACAACAAUGCAGAAGCAGCGAACGAUGCUAGUCCAACAACAAACGGUUUGAGUAGUUUAAAUAGAAUUAGAACCAAUCCGGGCAGAAGGCAACCCCAACCACAAGAACAGACCCAAACAACAACCACCGAACCAAACCUUUCUAGUCCCAGACCCUUUGGUUAUCCCCGACGACGCACUCGACCUACACCCAGCACUAGCACCACCACCACUGUCCCCCAAACCGAUAACGAUAAUGAUAACAAUACCAAUAACGAUAACGAAACCGAUGAAGUUGCGCAAGUAGUGAAGAAGACACGACUAUCUCCAGGGGAUAGGUCCAAGGUGAGUGCCAGUCUUCCACCAACAGCAACCACAACAGCAAUCAACACACGAACCAAAACCUCCUCACUGCACCACCAAGAAUCCCAAGUAGAUGUAGCUAACGGUAACGGUGGCAAUAGCUUAAGGCAUGAAGUAGUAGUUAGCUCUAGUUUAAGUCAAUCCCAAAACCACAACAUCGAUAGCGAUGUAUCCAGCACCACCACCACCGAACCGCACGUCAAGUACACUUGGCGCGGGGUGCGAGGUCCUACAUCUAGGCGUACAGUGGUUCCCAAUUCUCUAGCUACCGGUGACGAUAAGGACUCACGUCGCUUUGCCGGCAAGCAGUUGAACGCGGAAUCAAAUGUGGAAGAGGACCUUCCCACCACCACCAAGUUUCGCAGUCGUCGUUUAAAUUCCGCCGAAGAAGAGUCCGAAGUGGCAUUGGAGGGGCAAACGGAAACGACAUCGCAUGGUUCCCGCAGUUACCAAAGUAUCCAACGCACCGCUAGCAGAGCCACCUCGGAUGAUUCUCAAAUCCAAUACAAGGCCAUAACGCGCAAUUCCGAAGGUGGAGCCACUCUCACUGCAGGCCGAAGUUCCAGUUUCGUAAGAAAUCUGGGCGAAGCAGCCAAAACAUCGUUGCCUCUGCAUCAACCUGUAAGCAGAGGUGGCCAGAUUGUAGAAAGCACCACCGAAGACGAAAAUGUGGCUGCCGAGAUAAUCGAUGAUGAGAAGCGAGGAGAGACCAAGGCACCGGCUGGAAGUGAAAUUACAGAUGACAGCAACACGGCUACCGAACAGGAAUCUCCGGAAAUUAUCACUGCAGCUGCACCAUCACAGCCGGAAGUCACCACUCUGCCUUCAGAAACUUCAGAUUCUAGCAGCUCAACAGAAACACCUGUUAGCAGCACCACCGAACAAUCUGAGGAAAGCAGCAGCAGUUCCACAGAAAUGAAUUCCGUUGAAAAAGAAUCUAAGGAAGCUAUAGAAACCGUCAAGCUCUUAAGUUCAGACAUCGACACCAAAGUAUCAUCGACAGAAGCUCCAAUUAGCAGUACAGCUAUUCAAUCUGAAGACUCCAGCAGCAGUACUACCGAAUCUAACUCAGAAGCUCUAGUAAAAGAAACUGCAACUGAUAUCAGCGAAAGCUCCACAGAAUUACCUGUCAGCAGUACUGAAUUACCAGAAAGCAGUAGCACUAGUACCAAAGUCGUUCCCCAAGAGGAAUCCACGACAACUACAGAAAAAUCAACCAGACGUUCUUUCAACCGCUUUAGCUCAACCAAAACUGAAACUGUGGCAGAAGAAGAAACAACUACCACCGCCGGCCCAAGUCGUCGUGUUAUAGUGCGCACCAAAACCAGCACCACCGAAGCAGAAAGUGAAGCUCAAUCGACCACAGAAGGGCCGAAAAGACGCAGUUUCUAUAGAACCAGCACCACAGAUGCACCUAGCAGCACCGCUGAAGUAGAAAGUGAAGCUGAAACAACCACAGAAGGACCGAAACGACGCAGUUUUUAUAGAACCAGCACCACAGAUGCACCUAGCAGCACCGCUGAAGCAGAAAGUGGGUCACAGUCAACUACUGAAGGACCAAAGAGACGCAACUUCUUCAGGUUUAGCACUACUGAGGCACCUAGCAGCAGCACAGAGGCACCUAGCAGUUCCACUGAACCAAAAAGUGAUGACGAAUUAAGUACAGAGGGUCCAACGCGUCGUUCGUUCUCUAGAAGUAGCACAACUGAAGCUUCAAGCACAGCCUCAAUUGAAGAUACUAAUAGCAGCUUAAUUGGCGUUGAGGCUGAAAUAGACACAACAACCACUCGUCGAUCGCUUUUCCACAAUAAGACGCCGAUCACCACAGAAGCCACAACAAUAACAGAAGAAGCCGAAGUGAGCAGCACCACCAGACGUAGCCUCUUCCGUACCAGCAGCACCACAGAAGGCACGACAACAACCACCACUACCACCGAAAGUGAAAAGGAGAGUGAGACCACAACAGCCCUGCCAAGACGUCGUGUAAUAGUCAGAGGUAGUUUUAGGCCACGCAAAGAGGGAGACCUCUCCUCUCUUCUAGCGGCAGAUGCCAACAAAAGAGCCAGGAACAACCAUAGCACCACGAGCACAGAAACACCUGAUGGUCAUUCAUCUUCUUCCAAAGAAGAGGAAACAGAGCAGCAACCACAAGAACCGCAAAGAGUGGAGAAGGUAUAUAGUGGUCGCACUUCGUUGAAUGGUGUCCGCAAUCGCACCACCACAAAAAUCGAUAACCUGGGCAACGGAAUCACCCGCACUCGCACCACCUACGUGCGAACCCUUGACGCGGGGCAAAAGGUGGUGAAGCGCAUCCACACCAAAACCGUGGAGGAGAAACCAGCCGAGUAUGAGUACAUAAUCGAUGAAGUAACCCACCCACCGCCACCGAGCAGCACACCUCGCACGGUGACACGCAAUCGUGGAGCCGUGCGCUUUGAGAGCAAUGAUCUAUCUUCGCUACUGGCCUUGGACUUUUCCUCACGCAACAACCGCAAGAAACAGGACCAAACGGAAACAACGGUGACCAAAACGCGAAGACGCCUUCUCAAGAAACCCAAGGAGACCAUCGAACACGAGGAGGUUGAAGAAUUCGAGUAUGAAGCAGGUCACGAAGUGGGUAACGAAGUGGAAGAGGCGCCACAAGUAAGCACCACAGCCAGGCCCAUAAUCCGUAGAACCAGACCGACGAGAGGCAGUACGACAACAACAACCACUGAAAUACCAAACGAAAUCGAGGCCAGCACACGCAGGGCAAGCUUUGCCUUUAAGCGCCCUACAAAGGCCAGCAUAACCACUGAAGAACCAAGUACUACAUCCACAGAACCCACCAGUGCCUCAGAAGCCACCCCAAGAAAAGUUCUUGCCUUUAGAAGACCCGUGAGCACAACAACCACAGCAGCUCCAAUUGAAGAUGAGUUUACAGAGGAAGCCAUCUCAUCCGCCAUAGAAGCAACCACCAAAAGAGUUCUAGCCUUUAGAAGACCUGUGAGCACAACAACUACUGCAGCUCCAAUUGAAGAUGGGUCUACAGAGGAAGCAACCUCUUCCUCCGUAGAAGCAUCCACCAGAGCAUUUCUAGCCCGUAGAAGACCCGGGACCACAACAACAACCACACCAGCUUUCAUUGAAGACGAAUCUACUGAAGAUCUGUUGGCAGCGGCCAAGGCGAAGUUUACAAACCGCCUUAGAACCAGCACCACUACGACAACAACCACUACGGAGGCAACAACAACAACCACCACCGAAGAAGAUUUAGGCGAUCUUAAAGUACAGCUUAGCAAUGCGAUCAACCGCUUCCAAUCAGAGAACAAAUUGGAAAGCCAGACAAUCACCAAGGAAAGUGAAACCUCAGAAGACGAAGGCGAUGAAAAGCUUUCUCUGCCGAUUUAUCAUAGAAGAAAGUACUAUCAGUAUGUGAAGGAUUCACCCAUCACCUACAUUGACAAGUCCCCCGCACCACCAGAUAUUGAGAGUGUUACUGUGAACAUUAAACAGCAAAUCCAUGAUGUUUUCAAUGUGAGUGAAAAUGAGACGCCAACUAAUACCUUGGUUGAUGAGGGCGAAGGCGAUGACCAUCGCCAGGCGAUGGAGCAGGCCAAGGAAAUCAAUGCCGAACUCGGUCAUUUUUUAUUGAAAACCCCCGGGUCAAAGUAGGUGAAAACAAAAUCCCAGCGACAGGGAAAGACCUUUAAAACACUUCCAUUAGCAACAGACUCGAGCAACGAGACCUCCAAGAUUGUUAGCUUCUCUCUUCUCGAAGAAAAGGAGAGAGGCGAAGAAGACGCCCGAGCUUUGCGAAUCUACACAAGAUUAAAUCGCACUCGUUUGACCCUAUCCACCAGAUUGCAGGAAAAGAACCAAAAUUAUCCAUUAGAUACAACCACCAGAAGAAGCUACAGUGUUCCCCAGCGCUUCCGUGUUCGCUCAACCACGCCCACACCUUCGGCAACAGAAUAUAGUGAAGAAGACGAUGAAGAAACGAACGAGAAACCACUGGAAGAAUUAUCCACCAGUUCCCAAAGAACCACCACCAGAAGAGUGUUCACCCCCAGAAGACCUGUCAAUGCAGUGGAGCAGCCAAAUUCUUCUGAUACCCAUAACGACAACGAAGAUGACUUAAAGGUGAAAUCAACUACAAGACGCACCUUUGCUGGUUUAAAUAGAUUAAGAGGUAGGGGAAGCACCACCACAACCACCGCCACAGAGGAAGCCACGGAUUCAACCACCGAGGCUGCAACCACAAAAGCCAGAAGCACAAGGCAACCUUAUGUGGGCAUCAAUCGCAGGGUUACGACUUCUACCACAACUGAAAAGCCAGAGGAAAAUGAAAGUGAUAAUAAGGAAAAUGAAGAUGCAGAUGAAGAAUCAACCGAGGCCGCAAUUACAUCAGCCAAAAGCACAAGGCAACCUUAUAUCGGCAUAAAUCGAAGGUUUUCAACUUCGACAACCACAACAUCCACAGAAAAGUCAGCGGAAAACGAAGUUGAAAAUGAAGAUGAAGAAUCAACCACCAUAAUUUCUGAAAAGCAUGUAAACGACGAUAUUGAAGAAAAUAAGGUGGAAAUUAAAAUAACGGAGGAAAAAACAGAGAAGAAAGCUUCCGAAGAGGCUGAAGACAGCACCGAAGAACCCGAAUUGGAGGCCCAUAUAGACGAUGACAAUGAGAUUCCGCUGCAAGAGAGUGGUUCUAGUACAGAAGUCACUUCAACAACAACAACGACGACCACUAUUAAGCCAGCAAGCACCACAACACGUCGGCAGUUGGUAAUUCGUCGCCGUUUUAAUGGCACUAUUAUAACAACAACAACUGGUGCCCCAGUUGCCGAUGAUAAUCUGGAGAAUGAGAUCGAUCCAAAUGAUACGGAGAGCUCAACACCAAAGGCGGUAACAACUCCACCAAGGCGGCAACUUUUGAUACGCCGACGUUUCAAUGCGACGACGACGACGACCGCAAAUCCCAGUGCCGACAAUGAAAUAGAUCAGGGCGAGGUAGUUACAGCGAAAACAGUAACAGCAACCACACGACGAACGCUUCUAUCACGUCGCCGUUUCAAUGCGACAUCAGCCAUCCCAACAACAACAAGCACGACGGGAUCAACGAACGGCGACGAGAUUAGCACACGUCGCCCGUACGCGGCCUUGAACCGCUCACGUAAUCGCUUCACAACACCACGAACAACAACCACCGACGGUGGGGCUAAUGACGACAGCGACAACGAUGAUGAUGGUGAUGAUGAUGAAGAAGAGCAGGUGGCACCGCCACGUGCUGUCUUUCUUCAAACAAACCGCCAUCGAGCUCUCCAACCCACUCUUGAAGAAGUUGAGGAGGUACCGGCACGCAAACCACCCAACUUUGGAGCUCGUCGCACCACCGCAACACCACUGAGAAUCAGCUCCAGUACAAGCCGCAAUCUUGUGGCAAUCAAUAGAAAUUUGUACCACCGGGCGGAGUCUGAUGAUGAGGAUCAGGAUGAGGAGGAACCUCAAGAAGAAGAAGAGGAUGAAAACGAGGAAGGGUUGGAUGAUCAAGAAGAAUCUUUAGAUUCACAAGUCACAAGCACCACUGCACGUUCACGACUAAGUCAACUGCUUGCCAACAGGCAAAGACAACCACUCAGGACAACCACCCAAAAAACGACCGAGACAAAAACAACUGACUUGGACAACGAAGAGGAUGGGAAAGAAAAGGAUGAAGAAGAUGACGAUAGCUCCGUUGAGGUAUCGAACACUAACCACACACUAAACAAGAACAAUACUUUGGGGGGAGGCACUACUAACAUUAACAAUCUUACUAACCGUAGCACCGCACUGAAUGUAGCUAGUCAACGUAGUAACAGCACCGUAGCCAAUUAUAUUAAUCGAUUCAAGUCAAACAGUUUCACAAACAACAACAAACCAGUCACAGUCAAAGCUAAUCUUAAGGCAGAGAGUUCAGAUAAUGAUAACGAUGAUGAUGGAGAUGAUAAUGAUAAUGAUAACGAAAAUGAAAACGAUGAUGAUAAUAAUGAUGCUAGUCUAGAAAGUGAGGGGGAGAAGAAAGCGAAUGGGGCUGGUUUGAAUGCCUUAGGUAAUGAUGUUAAUUCCACACGACGCUUUCAGAAUCGUUAUCAAUUGAGCCGCACCAGAGGCAGCACCACCACCACUACCAACACCACAACAACAACAACAACCACACAAGAACAGCCCCCAAAAUCAACAACAACAACAACCACCGCCAGACGAUUGGCUUUUGGGGGCCGUCAACGCGCCCAGGUAACUAAACUAACCCUAGUCGAUGAGCAGACUGAAGAGACCGAGACUAAGGGUGAUGCCCACAAACAAGAAGAAGAAGAAGGAAAGGAGGAAGAAGAAGACUCCGCAGCAAGCACAACAACAACAACAACCACCAGCAGACCAACACCAAAGCGCAUACGUGUGCUGAAAUUCCGCAGACCAUUGAAUAGCAAUAGCAAUAAUAGUACCACCGUAGAUAGCACCACUAAUAGCGCCACUGACACUAACCCAGACAAGAACAACAACAACACAACCACACCAACAACAACAACAAUAAGCCAAAGCAUCAACAGCACUAGCACCUCCGGCAACAAGCGUUUCCGCAAGAUUGUGCGCAAAUUGAGGCCUGUCGACUCAAGUACCGCCGCCAGUGUGGAUAAUUCCGAUGAAACCACCCGUAAACCUUUCGUUCCCAGCCACACCAGAUUCACGGAUCAGGAAAAUGAUCUCGUAAAUCUUCGCCAGCGGAUCAAAGAGCAGCAGGCACGAGGUGAGCCACAAGAUGGAGUGAUCAGCAAUCGAUUUAAGACCUUGGGUCAGAAGGACGAUCAGGAUGUUUCGGAAUUGCAAAAGUUGAGGGAGAAAGUGAAGGCCGAGCAGGCGCGGGGAGAUGGUGAACAAGGCGUGAUUAACGAGCGUCUGAAGAAGCUGCUAGCGGAGAAAGCCACCACCAGCACCAGUAACACUCGCCGCGGUGAAGAAUCUUCGCCCGAAGACGACUCUUCAUCUGGCGUUUCCUCUCCAAAGCCCUUCUUUAAACGCAAGCUUGUGGCCCGUAGACCAUAUACACCACCCUCGGCCAGUGGUGGCACCACCAAGGCACCACUUGCAUUCAGCACCACCCGACCCACAGCGAAGUUCGUGCGCAAGAAGAACGGCCGCUUCGAUCCCUUCAACUCGAGUGUUCGCAAUCGUGGCGAGGGCUUUGUGAGAAGCGAUCCACGGGGAUCCCGUUUGCCAGGAGCCGAUCGCUUUAAGUCUCAGGGAAAUGGCGAGGAUGACGAGGAGCUGGAAGAACGGCGUGAACAACCAGUGCAGAAUCAGUUUGCCACCACUCUGCGCAGACCUUUUGUGCCCAAGACGCGACCAGUGUUGGACAAAUCGAAGCCACAGCAGGAAGAUGAGGCAGAGGAGAGUGAAGAGGAGGACGAUGAGGAUGAGGAGGAUUCCGAGGAAGAGGGUGAUGAAGAGGAGGAUGAAGACGACGCAGAAGAGGAGAAGAAGCCUGUUGAGGAGGAGGAGGAAGAUAAUGCCCAGGACAAGCCCAAGUUCAAUUCCCCAUACAGGCCCAAGGAUAACCGAGCUCCACCGGGCAGUCGUCCCAACUUUGGAGCCACCGGAAGUGCUGGCACCGCCGCACCACAAGCACCCACCGCCCCCGGCAAUGUGCCCUUCAAUCCACGCAAUCGUCCAUCAAGCUCCACGAAUGCCAAUCGCUUCGGCAGCACAAAGCGACCCCGAGUGAUCAACCGACCACCAGGAGUGGCCUCACCCAACUUAACGCUGAAACCCGUGGCCGUAGAUUACGAGCGCACCACACCGCUGACACCACUGAAACCGGCACCAUUUAUACCCAGUAAUAACAGGAGCUACGAGAGGAAGUACACGGGUCCCUCCACAGAGGCCAGCGAAACUGCCAGCGAGAAUUCGCUGAUUGAAGACCUGAAUAUCGAUGCACUGAAUGCGAGGAACAAGAAGAUCUUUGACAAACACAGCAAGAAGCAUCCGGCCCUGAAGCCCAAGGUGGUUAAGGUGGAAUCGGAGACGGGAACGGAGGUGGAAAGCGGUAGUACAGAGGUGGCGGUGGAAGAAGAGACCACCGUGGAGCAGGGCUUUGUGACCACCACACCCAGUACACCACCACCAUCACCAGCACCACCCAGCACACCACAGUCAGACACAGCCACAGAACCCACCACCAACACGCCACCAGAAACUGAAACUGUAACCGAAACUGAAACAGCGACCAAUGCUAAUGAAGCCACUUCCAUCAAUUCACAGGAUCAAACCAUCUCGAGCACCACCCAAGCACCGCCGCCGGCCACCACAUUGCUGCAUGUGUUCACCCUAAUCGAGGGGGAGAGCCAGCAGGAGGAGGAGCCGACGACGAGAAGGCCGCCGCCAACGUCGGCCCAACGACUCCAUCCCACCAUUCAAACGGAGGUGGUGCCCAAGCACAAGCUGAUCGAGAUCAAUCGCAUUGUGGAGAUCAACUCCAAGCAGGCCAAGGCCGCUCAGCGCAAGUCAAAGGCAAAUCAGGACUUUGGCACACUGCGCGUGGAGUCGCUGCCCCAUGUGGAGCAGCUGGGCGAGAUCAGUGUGGUGAAGUAUGUGCAUCUGGUGGACGGCAGUGACAUUCAGAUCAACGAUGGCCACAGCACAGUGGCCGAUUACACGCCCACCGAACCCAGCAUCUCGUCAGCAUCAGCUGCUGCCUCCGCACCUGUAAGAAAUUCAGUACCCGAAGCCGAAGAAGGAGGAGGUGACGCCACCGAUCGCAAUGGCAAGUCCCUGGUUCCCGAAGUCCUGACUGCUGCUUUGGAGACCUCAACCAUUUCGCUGGAAGGACUAUUCGAUUCGGCCCGCAAGGGCAAACAACUGAACAGCAAUAGCAUUGUCGGCGAAACGGAGGAGAGCACCACCAUCAGCAGUAGCAGUGGCAGCGACACCACCGCCACCACACCGGCCCCCACUUACCUGCGCCAACCGACGACUGGCAGCGUUUCGCGGCGACCGGUGUUGAGUGUCCGCCGGCGGAUUAUCAACUCGCCGACUUCGUCGUUGGCAGCGGCUGAAGUCACCACACAGCAGCCUGCAGAACCGCCAACGACCUCCAAAUACAACCGACUGCGCAGCAGACCCUCAGCAGCAGCAGCAGCGGCAGCAGCAACAACAACAACCGCAGCAGCAGUAACUACGGUUUUGCCAACAGCAACAUCUGUUGCUGGCGGGAGAACCAGCAGCAACAUCUAUCUGAACAAGCUGAAAGGCAAGAGCGGAGCAACAGCAGCAACAGCAGCAUCCGGCGAGUCAGCAACGCUGACGCCAGCAACUAGCAGCACCAACAGCAACAGCAACAUAAGCAGCAGCAACAUCAGCAGCAAUGACAUCACACAAAAGCAACACAAGUUCCAGCCAGCCAGCUUCGCGCUGCGACGCCAAUUUCAAACGCGUCGGCUGACAACCUUCGCGCCGGCGGCCAACGGCGAUGAGAGCGCCACCGAUGUGCCAAGAACCCAAAAUCCGCUAUUCAAACGCCGCCUCACCCUGAUUUCCACCACACCGCCGUCCGUUCGCACCACUAACGUGCCAAAUUCUGGCCUGGAAACCACAACCACUUUGUUUUCAAGCGACGACGACGAGGAUCAGGUGGCCAAGUCGAGCAUCCACACCAGCCGCUUCAACCAAAUUCCGGAGCAAGUGCGUCCGCGCGAGGACUACGAACUGGCAUUGCCACCAGCACUACCGGCAGCACAGCAACCACUGAAGAGCACCAGCACCACGCCCGGCAGCACCGCCAGUGCACCACUGCCAGUUAUUAACCAGGGCAUAAGACGCCAGUUGAUACCACGCCCACGUCGGCCGCAGUCGACCACGGCCACGCCCACUGUGGGCUCGUCCUUGGGGUCAAGCACACCGGCUGGCCACUCCGCACCGCCCCUCUCGCGUCGCCAACAGAGUCGUCGUCGUCCGCACAAAUACAUCGAGGUCUACAGUCGUCCGCCGAGCAAAUCGGCCGUACUAACGGCCACCUCGAGCAGUCAACUGCUGGAGGAGCCAUUCCCGGUGGUGGCUGUGAAUCAGGUGGCCCAACGGAGACGCAGCGGCGGCAUUGGACCCAACAAAAGCGAUGCCACCAACACCAAGGUCAUCGUCCAUGGACGCGGCAUCAUCGAGUGCCGGGCGCAGGGCAAUUUCCCGCAUCCUCUCAACUGCCGGAAGUUCAUUUCGUGCGCCAAAUUCGAGGAGACCGGCGGCAUUGUGGGCUGGGAGUACACCUGUCCCAAGGGUUUGGCCUACGAUGGCAUCGGCGGGAUGUGCACCUGGUCGCCAUCGGAUCAGCCCUGCCGGGACUAGACUGAUAAAACCAUAUCCCCAAAUCUAAAUCCAUUCAUAAACCCACCCAACGGUCAUCUGAAAACCCUUUACCCAUUUACCACCAUGUUGUAUAUGUUUUUCCCCCAAUUUCCCACAAUUUGUGAUUAGUUCUGCUGCUGCUGCUGCUGCUGCUGGUCAAACAACGACCAAGGUCAUUAUGGAUGCAAGAUGGAAAGUUGAAAUUCUACGUUAAUUAUUCUUAUUUAAGCUUAGUGAUAUCUGAAACCCCAUUUUUUUUGCGCCUGCCAACUCAGUAGUAAGCAAGAAAUAUUAUUGUCUGUAGUUCAUGAACCACACCCAUAUAUAUAGCGCCAUAUAUAUGUGGUUGUGCGUGUGUAUGCUGUAUACCAUAAUGGAUAAUAUGCUUUCUUUAUCAAAUAAACAUAUCGUGUAAUCCAAA